AAUUAAUUUGAACCCUUUAAAACCUGUCGAGCGGUAGGAGAGGAGUGGAACUAAGGAGCGCAGAUUGGACGAGUCUCUGGGAGGAAAUCUGUGGCAUAUUUGCACGAAUUUCCUUUCUUUUAUAUUCGUUUGCCUCGGAAUACCACAGAGAAACACUCAUGGGCACCAUGGGUGUUUGGGCUGUGGCUGUGGCCACUCUGCUGGGAACUUCAGGGUGCUGGCUCGCUGAAGGGCACAAGAGCAACAGGCGGAGCAGCAUAGAUACAGCCAGCAUGUCACGUACCUCCUCCCAGGAACCUCACGCCAUGGAGAAGGGGAAAGCAGACGGGAACAUCGAUCAAUCCCUGUCUGAUCCAGAUGGAGACCCCUGCCGGAGGACCUACUGCGGACGGGGUCGACAGUGUGUGUUGAUGGCAGAAACUGGCCGUGCAGAGUGUGUUUGCCAGGAAAAAUGCCGGCCCUCCUUUGUGCCAGUGUGUGGCUCAGACGGCAGAUUCUAUGAGAACCACUGUGAGGUGUACCGCACUGCCUGCCUGGAAAGAAGACGGAUCUACGUGGUACACAGCAAGGACUGUUUCUUCAAAGGCAAUGCAUGCACCAUGUCAGAGUACAACAAGCUGAAGAGCAUGCUGCUGGACAUGCAACCAAAAGUGCUAAAGGCUGGACAGCAAAAUCAGCAAAGAGACAUGGAGGAGAAGAGAGCGCUGGUGGACACCAUGUUUAAAUACUUGGAUGUAAACCAGGAUGGCCGACUGAUCAGUGAUGAGCUGGAAAAGCUCUCAAUGAAGGAGCACCUGGAGGACAGUCUGCUGGAGUGCACCAUGCAAGACCUGCUACGCUAUGAUGACUACAACAAUGACGGCCACCUCAGCCUUCACGAGUUCUACACGGCUUUCCAGGUUGUCCAGCUGAGCCUGGCUGAUGACCAGCAAAUCAGCAUCUCCACAGUGACAGUGGGCCUAAGUGCAGUCCUUACCUGUGCCAUCCAGGGGACGCUGCGCCCACCAAUCAUCUGGAAGAGGAAUGGAAUCAUUUUAAACUUCCUGGACCUGGAGGAUAUCAAUGACUUUGGGGACGAUGGCUCCCUGUACAUCACCAAGGUGACAACCAUCCACAUGGGAAACUACAGUUGCCAUGCCUACGGCUAUGAAGACCUCUAUCAGACACAUGUGCUGCAGGUGAAUGUCCCUCCAGUGAUCCUGGUCUAUCCAGAGACACAGGCCCAGGAGCCGGGUGUCUCUGCCAGCCUCCACUGCCACGCCGACGGCAUUCCAAAUCCCAAACUCCUUUGGCUGAAGAAUGGCAUGGAUCUGCAGCCCAGAUCCUCCAAACAGCUCUCUCUCAUAGCGAACGGUAGUGAGCUCUUUAUUGGCAGCGUCCGCUAUGAGGACACGGGAGCCUACACCUGCAUCGCCAAGAACGAAGUAGGAGUGGAUGAGGAUAUCUCGUCUCUGUUUGUUGAGGAUUCAGCUAAGAAGACCCUUGCAAACAUUCUGUGGAGAGAAGAAGGUUUAAGUGUGGGAAACAUGUUCUACGUGUUUUCUGAUGAGGGCAUCACUGUUCUUCAGCCUAGUGAAUGUGAAAUACGCAGACACAUGAAGCGCACAGAGAGGAUUGUCGCUACCUAUGAGGAGAUGUGCCCUAAAGGUGAAGGGGUGUCACCUCAACACUGCGAGUGGUCCUCAGCAGUCAACAUCAGAGAUAAGUACAUCUACGUGACCCAGCCCCUCCAGAGUCGAGUGCUGGUGGUCGAUAUUCAAGCACAGAAGGUGGUGCAGGCUGUAGCAACAGACCCUUUUCCAGUAAAGAUGCUCUAUGACAAAUCACAUGACCAGGUGUGGGUCCUAACGUGGGGGGAUAUGGACAAAACACACCCAACACUUCAGGUAAUUCCUCAAGCCAGUGUGGGUGAAGUACAUCAUGCCAUACGCACAACUUUUCAGAGGGUGAACGACUUCUUCAUUCCUCCAACUAACCUCAUCAUCACUCACGUGAGGUUUGCCUUUGUCUUUCUCAAAAAUGAGCCCGCGGUCCACAAGAUUGAUCUGGAGACCCUUCACCGUGUCAAGACCAUCAGCUUAAAGAACUACAGCUGCAUCCCAGUCAGCAUGGCCUACACACACCUGAGUGGCUUCUACUUCAUCCAGUGCCAGACCAAGAGUCUUCUAACCCCACCCCAGCUCCUUCUUGACAGUGUGACAGAUGCCGUGAUUGGGCCAAACCUCAAUGUCACAGGCCAGGCUUUUGUGUCACCAGACGGGCGCUACAUUGUGAUACCUGACUCACAGAGCUUAAAGCUGAUAGUACAGACAGUGUCAUUCCAAGGGCAGCUGAGUCUGAACCAGGAAAUAGAUGAACCUGUGGCUGUCUCUGAUCUUGUUUUUCAGCCUUCUUUCACGGAGUCCAAUCAGCAUGUGGCCGUGGCCACCUCAGGCUCAGGAACAGACCUGCUCUUUGCCGAUCUGUCCUCAGGCCACACUGAGGUUCUCCGGAGCAUCAAGGAGCCCCUGCCUCCCCAAGCCUGGCCCUGGGGAGGCCCCAACAGAGUGGUGGUCUCAAGUGGGUUGUUUGGACAAUAUCUGGUGACACCAUCAGCCGAGUCCCUCUUUGUUCUUAAUGGCAAACAGAGAACGCCGCACUGCGAGGUGUCAGACAUCAAGAGAGGGAACACAGUUGUCUGGGUUGGAGAGGUAUGAGUGACAAAGAAAAAAAGAGAACAAGAUUUAAAAUUAGGGGGAAAAAAGGAAAAGAUCAGGCCAAAUUACCUAUUAUUAAGAUUUAUGUGAACAUAAGUUGCGGACUCAACCCUGGGACUGAGCAAGAGGGAAACCUGCCUGGGUUUGUUGUAUCAAAAGUAAACUUAAAAAUAGAGUAAUUGAGAAAAUAUUCAGAAAAUCUGUUGUGAUAUUUCUAUUGGGAGAAAGUGUCAAUGCCAUUCAGUGCAACAGUGAUCUAUGUGCACUUAACUAUACAGAAUUGUACAUUAUUGCACUUCCUUCCAUGUUAUCACAGCAAAUAGGUACCAGAAAAGGGGUUAUAACGAACUAUGAACUAUGCACAAUGUUCACUUUUUUUAGACUAAAAAGCUUUCCAGUUUUUGUUUAUCUCAACAAUGUUUGUCGUUUUCACCAGUGCUGCAUAUAAUUACCACAAACUGUCUGUCCCGUCUGCCUUUAGUGUAUGCUUGUCCUGAGUCCUUUUAAAAGCUACCACCACCAUCUGUUCACUCGCCUUUGUCAUGGUAUUGUACUGUAUUCUCCCUCUGAAAGCUUUCAUUCUCCUAAUGCUGGCAGAGGUUGGCUUUAUACGCACGUGUAAUACCCCUAUUUACAUUGUCUAUCCAAAGAGCUCAAUUGGUCCAUUAGCUGUCGACAAUGGGUGUUUCGGUUGCAGUGGAAGCCUAACAAGAAAUGAAAAGUAGAUCUUUUGGUCUCUUGCAAUGUUAUAAUCUGUCCCCUGCUGUCUCACAUUUAUUCUGAACCUGCAGUACAGCCCUGUGCUGUGAAGCCUGAAAAUGCCACUUAUACCACUUAGCAGAUUCCCUCAGGGUAAUGACUCCGGUUUACACUGACCCAUAUGCUGAGGCCAAGCCAAAGUAGCAUCAGCGCUGCUAUCUGACAGGCUGUGAGCAUUUGUACAUCCCCUCAGAGAGCCGUGCAUCAAGAUCAAACAUCAAGUCAGGUACACUGGACACUUUUCAUGUGGCAAUUAGUACGAGAAAAACUUUUUGGAUAGCAGCCACACUAAUCUAAUCUAAUUUAUGUUUUAAAGCCUUGAGACCUGUUUCAAAAGUAGGGAUACAUUUUUUACAGCAAUAUGUACUGUAUUAAACGGUUUUCCUUUUUUCCAGGAAUACUAAUUGUCAAAUUGCAGAAAUGACUAGGUAUGUUUAUGACUUUUACCACUUAGCACUGUAUACCUACUUUUGAACAAAAAGUCUAAAGUGUCUGUUUAACGCAGUAACUGAAUAAACACCAGCAAAUCUCCAUCUGUUAAAAUAGCAGAUAUUUUGUGUCUGUGGACGAACUGCGUCAUUUUCUAUGUAACUACGUUUUCCACUUGCACUAAUCAUCGUAAUGAUGAUCCAUUAGCAGCAAUACAGCGCUGCGGCUUCUCUGCAGAUGUAAUAAUGUCAUCACAAAUCACUGGAACCAUAAAGUCUCUUAGUAUUCCUGCCUCUUCAUAUUAGAAAGACUUUUUCUUUUCGUAUUUGUCUUUGACUGCAAGAAUUUCAGUAAGCUACUUUAGGAAAAACACUUCCUGCUAACAGAUGCAUCCUUACAUAGAAUAGAUAGAAAGUUUUAAAAAAUUAAUUUAACAUGUAAUACUUUAUCUCAACAAAUUUAUGAGUGGUCCAGAUCUGCAAGCUAUUUAAACAGUCUGACUUGCCAGAAAGAGGGGAAAAAAAAAAAAAAAAAGUGUUUUUUGGGGUUUUUUUGUUUUGUUUUUUUUACCUAGACGCACAAUGCCUUAAUCCGAAUGAAAUCAGAGUUUCAAUUUGAUACUGAAUGUAACUACAAUGUGUAUCAAAGAUGAGCUUGGUGUGAAAUAACUGUUCAUUCAUCGGGUCAUCACGACUGCCACUUCUGUUACAUUUGAGGCAUAUUUUCAUACAAUGAUUUUCAAAUGCUGCAAGUUCAGUUUCGUCUCACUUCAACAGCUUCCUCAGGGUCUUUGUGCAGGUCUUAUAUCAUCAUCUGUAAAAAAAAAAAAAAAAAACCUGAAAUUGCAAAUAUUCUCCCACAGUUGGUCUAAUCUAAUCUUGCCUAAUAUAUUUAACAGGUGUUUAACAUGACCCCCUUCUUUUUGGCAACUAUUCAAUUGAUUCCCCGUACAUUUCCUCUCACAUGAUGCUGUUCUGACGAUAGGUAAUAGCUGAACAUUUGAUCAAUUUGCUAACUGUGCUGGCAAGUUUUCAAAAUCAGGACUUGAAGCUAUGUGUUGUGAAGAUCGUUUUGAGUUGUGUAGAUUACACCUUUGUGUAGGUAAAAGCAUUAUUCUUUGCAUGAAGCCUAGCGUGGACUUGCUGUUAAUUGAAAUCAACAAAAAACAAACAAAAAAACAACAGUACUUUAGAAAAGUAGUAUCACUGCUUAAUAACAUGACAAGAGGAUUUUUUUUGUUUGUUGUUUUUUGGGGGGCUGAAAUUAAAUCUUAAACAUUUUGCCAUCACAGCACAAAUGCUCACAGCCUUUGAGAUCCAACAGUUCCUGACCUUUUAAUGGCAGGCCAUGAACACAUUUUAAAGAAAAGAGGUUAAAGACAUAUAAACGUCAUAUACUAAGAUGUCAAAGACCAGCUCGAGUGUGAGAAAACUACUGUAAAUCCAAAUGGAGUCUUGUGGUGUAUCUGCUUGUGUGUGUUUCCUUGAACAAAAAAAAACAACCUAAAUUAGAUAAUAGUAAUUUUUCCCAAUACGUAGUUGUGCCUGUAACUCCCCAAUGCGAUGCAAUGUGUAGGGUAGAAAUCAAACUCUGUGAGAAAAGAAAAAGUAAACACAGGAGGGACGCAGAUUUGUCCUUCUUGUUUGUGACUUCGGUAUUUGCUGCUAAUCAGUCAUGAAAACCUUUCUGGCAUGAAACUAUGAGUGAUUUAACUUUUUGAAGGCAAAGAUUCAAUGAUGUUUCCUAGACCACUGUUGCACUGAGGAGAGAAAAAUAUACAUAUAUAUAUAAAUAUUUAUCUGACAUACAUUUAUGCUAUCAUGCUUAUAAUGGAAAUUUCUUAAAUUUGUAAUCCAGUUUUCUGUCUCAAAGAAAAAAAAUCUGGCUCUGAUGCUUCUUAAAGUCACUAUCCCAUCCAAAGUCACUUCCCAAUGGCUCUAAAUGAGUAACCAACAGUAUUUGACAACUCUUAACACGUGCAUGUAAUGAAAGUAGGCUUCCAAUAUGAUUACCAUGGACCCCUUGGUGAUCUAACACAGUCACAUACAGUUCACAGUUGCUUGUGUAAAAGUCCCUUUUCUGUCCUCUCAUUGUCACGUCUUUCAGCUUCUCUCUUAAGGUUGAUUCAGCAGUAAAACAUUGCUACUAGAGUCAAGGAGAGCAAGAGCAAAGAGACUGCACCCGCGCUUGCUGAUAUAACUACAUAACUGGCUCACUUAUGUUGUUUGUUUGGAUCUACCUUCAGUGUCACAUGACUAUUUCUGUACCUCUCCUUUAACCCUAAAAUAAGGGGCCGAAAAGCUGAACCGCUUGGUGUGAUAGACAUUGAUAGGAACCACUGUUGUAGAUAUCAUUGUUCAUGUUUAGAACACGUUCAGACAUGACAAAACUGACUGUACAGUUUUCUUUAUGCAUUUUGUGUGUUCUGGUU